UCAGACGAGAAAGUCUGCAUCUGCUUCGAAAUUAGUUGUGCUAAAGGAUUUCCAAUAGUGUGAGAGCAACUAACGCUGCUUCGUUUGCUAGUUACAGCUUGCUGAUCUUGAAUGCUGAUCUGAUUUGCCAUGACGAAGUGCGAUGAUGAUCUUACAGAGCUCGCAUCUUGAGAGCCUCCUGUCGAAUUUUGACUCCAGUGAUAUCUUUGGCUCUGACCGAGGAUUCAAAGAACUGUGAAGUGUGUUGUGGGCCUGUAUCAAAGUCAGGUCCUACGAGUCUGACAAAUGACGAUGCAAUCUAUUGCAUCAUCGUCUUCACCAUACGGCCAGCGAUGGGUCACAUGUGGCUGUGAAUUCAAGCAGGAAGGUUUGCUUGCAGCUCGAUUGCAGAAGAUUGAGUUCACGAAUAAUUGCCAUCACAAUGUGUACGAACAAGAGUUUGAUAGGGAUCACGCGAGAUCUCUUUCUGAGACUCAAGCUUCAACUGAUAAACCGAUGUCCGAUGGAAGUUGGAGCUACAUAUCGAAAGAAACGUCCUCGUCAAAUCGACAUGCCCUUUGAGCCUUGAGGACCGCCUCAAUCUGGUCAUGCUAUUUCAUUUUACCGGAAGCCUGUUUUUGUAUGUGAUGGAGUGAAUGGUGGAGAAUCCAGAUCACGGAUUCCAGGCUCUUUGCCCUAAUUGCCUGCUGGCAAUAUUGUCGAGCAGGAGCUGUUCCUUAGCGCUAUUGUGAGCCUGAUGAGGUGACGAGGGGCCAUGGAAAUACAGCAGCGAUGGCCAGCAGAGAUUCGAGGUGUAGAUCAGACUCCGGAUGGCUGGACACAUUGUUUCUUCGUUGGUGCCGGUCUCGUAGUGACGUGACUGUGUUGAGUCUAUGGACGACGCUUGUUGUGAGCCAUGAGAGCAGUUGGGCAAAAUGCAGCCCUCAAUGAAUUCAUGGACACCCUUUUCUUAGAGUAUCGCAGACGGAAGUAUCUUCUCCUCCAUAGUGGAUGCACGGGGCAUGGGGCUAUGGUGCACUGAUUGGCACACUAACACGAACGAAGAUGCGUCGAGUAAGAAGAAAAAAAUUAGAUUCCACUAACUUACAAUUCAAAUUAUGGUGACAUUAUGGUGUCAGAACAUGGUCUGGUCUCUCGAUCGCUCGCUCAGGUUUAGAUGUCGAACCGUACUGGAGUUCAUCAUACUGUGUACAGAAAUUAUCAUCAGGGGUAAUAGUUUGAGAAAUAUUGCUCUUGCGACCAACUCACGUGGAGGUUCUGAAGAUUCUAAAGCGGAAUUGAAUUCGACCUCGUUCAGCUUCCACCCUUCAAAUCUGCGAGUUGAAGAUUCUGAAGAUUGAAAAGGGGAACUAUGUUUGAAAACUCUAAAUAUGACCCUCAUAUAGCAGCAACGUUUCAAAGAGCCA